AUGAAUCCCUUCCAGAAAAAUGAAUCCAAGGAAACUCUUUUGCCUGUCUCCAAUGAAGAGGUGCCACCUCAAUCCUCCAACUUUCCAAAGAAACCAUCUCCGAAAAUCUGUGGCUCCAACUAUCCACUGAGUAUUGUCUUCAUUGUGGUGAAUGAAUUCUGUGAGCGCUUUUCCUAUUAUGGCAUGAAAGCUGUGCUGACCCUGUAUUUCCUGUAUUACCUGCACUGGAGUGAAGACACUUCCACAUCUGUGUACCAUGCCUUCAGCAGCCUCUGUUAUUUCACUCCUAUCUUGGGAGCAGCCAUUGGUGACUCAUGGUUGGGAAAAUUCAAAGUCCUGUCAAUGGUCGGCCUGAGUCUAAUAGCUUUGGGGACAGGAGGUAUCAAAUCCUGUGUGGCAGCUUUUGGUGGAGACCAGUUUGAAGAAAAACAUGCAGAGAAACGGACUAGAUACUUCUCAGUCUUCUACCUCAUCAUCAAUGCAGGGAGCUUGAUUUCUACAUUUGUCACACCCAUGCUGAGAGGAGAUGUGCAGUGUUUUGGAAAGGACUGCUAUGCACUGGCAUUUGGAGUUCCAGGACUGCUUAUGCUGAUAGCUCUUGUUGUAUUUGCAAUGGGAAGUAAACUAUACAGAAAACCACCUCCUGAAGGAAACAUACUGAACCAAGUGGUCAAAUGUAUCUGGUUUGCCAUUUCCAGCCGUUUCAAGAACCAUUCUGGGGACAAUCCCAAGCAAGAGCACUGGCUGGACUGGGCAGCUGACAAAUACCCAAAGCAGCUCAUUAUGGAUGUGAAGGCACUGACCAGGGUACUGUUCUUAUAUAUUCCAUUGCCCAUGUUCUGGGCGCUUUUUGAUCAGCAGGGCUCAUGAUGGACCUUGCAAGCCACCAGGAUGAAUGGGAAUUUGGGGUUUUUCGUGCUUCAGCCUGACCAGAUACAGGUGCUAAAUCCCUUUUUGAUUGUUAUUUUCAUCCCACUGUUUGACCUUGUCAUUUAUGGUCUAGUCCCCAAGUGUGGCAUUAACUUCACAUCGCUUAGGAAAAUGGCUGUCGGUAUGAUAUUAGCAUGCCUGGGCUUUGCAGUUGCUGCUGCUAUAGAGAUAAAAAUUAAUGAAAUGACCACAUGCCAGCCAGAUUCCCAAGAGAUUUUCCUUCAAGUCUUGAAUCUGGCAGAUGAUAAGGUCAAAGUAACAGUGCUGGGUGAUGAAAAUAAUACUCUGUUGGCAGAGUCCAUCAAUCCUUUCAGGCUCUUUACUGUGCAGAAUAUGCCACACUAUUCCAAACUCCACCUGAAGACAAAAAGGCAGAAUUUCUACUUUCAACUGAAAUACCACAAUGUGUCUGUCCACACUGAGCAUUCUGCGGAGGAGAAAAUGUGGUACACUCUGAUCAUUCGAGAAGAUGGGGAAAGUAUUUCUAGCAUGAUGGUGAAGGAUGAAGAAAACAAAACAACCGAUGGGAUGAUAGCCACAAGGUUUAUUAACACUUUGCAUGAAGAGGUCAAUGUCUCCCUGGGUACAGAUGCAUCCCUCAUUGUUGGUGAAGACUAUGGUGUGUCUGCUUACAGAACUGUACAAAGAGGAGAAUAUCCUGUGGUGCAUUGUAGAACAAAAAAUGAGGAUUUUUCACUGAAUUUGGGUCUACUAGACUUUGGUGCAGCUUAUCUGUUUGUUAUUACAAAUAGAACCAAUCAGGGUCCUCAGGCCUGGAAGGUGGAAUACAUCCCAGCCAACAAAGUGUCCGUCGCAUGGCAGCUACCACAAUAUGCCCUUGUUACAGCUGGGGAGGUCAUGUUCUCUGUCACAGGACUUGAGUUUUCUUAUUCUCAGGCUCCCUCUAGCAUGAAGUCUGUACUCCAGGCGGCCUGGGUGUUGACGAUAGCAUUUGGGUAUAUCAUUGUGCUUAUUGUGGUGCAGUUCAGUGGCUUGGCCCAGUGGGCCAAAUUCAUUUUGUUUUCCUGUCUCAUGCUGGUGGUCUGCCUGAUCUUCUCCAUCAUGGGAUACUACUAUGUUCCUUUAAAGCCAGAGGAUGUUCAGGGGUCAGCAGAUAAGCAGACCCCUCAAAUCCAAGGAAAUAUGAUCAACCUGGAAACCAAGAAGACAAGGCUCUAAUGGUUCCCUAGACUCUGCCCAGACCCAGUUCCUGACUCUGGUUUUGGCCAUCACCAUCUUCAAGCAUUUUUUACUCCAACUUGGUUGAAAGAGAGAAGUAGCAUCACAAUGAACUGAUCUCCUUCACUUUUCUCUGAUGAUAGAGGCAAUUCUAGGACUGGGUUUUUCAGUACAUUAAAGCAAAGUCCCUGAGACGUUAUGUCUUUCUGUAUGUCAUCGAACUCAGUAAACCUUGUGUGGUUUUGCUGCAGCUGGCCUGGCAUCUCCAAAAACACAAAUAUAUAAUUGAGAUUGGUCUUUGUGGUUAUCAAAGUUCUGUAGGAAUUCUUUUACCUGCCAUUUAAAGCAGAUGACCCCACCUUUUGAAGUGCUGAUUUAAGGCCAAAUUUCAGAAUAACAGAGAAAUGGUAUUUUCAAAUGUCUUCAUUAACGGUGUAUUUGUUGUUUACAAGGACUUCAAGAAUUGUUAUGUCUGGUAUGAUCUCAUCCAGGGCCUGACUUGUCAGCUAUUCAGGUUCAGUAAGACUGCAGUUAAUUUUUCAGUACAAAUAAUAAAAGACAAAAUGAUAUUUUAUUAACAUACAGGAUAAGAUAUAUCAUUCUGAUAAUUACAGUAUUUUAUCUAUUAAUCCAAACACCCCUUUCUCAGUAUUGAUAGGUCCUUGGAAACCAAAUUAAAGACAGUAAACAUGGUUCUGCAAAACAGAAAAGUAUAAACUGUAGAAGUCCUGAUGAAUAAUUCUUGUACAGUAUAUGCUUUUCUUAGGGACUAUAAUGUUUUAACUCUAGAUUAUGCCCACCUGUGGACAACUGUAUAGACGCUAAUUAUCAUUUUCCAACCCUCAUUUUCAAUGUUGUUGGCCCACCUUUUUCUUAUUAUAUUGUCUUAUUUAUUGCUGCUGCUGCUGCUGCUGCUAAGUCGCUUUAGUUGUGUCUGACUCUGUGCAACCCCAUAGACGGCAGCCCGCCAGGCUCCCCUGUCCCUAGGAUUCUCCAGGCAAGAAUACUGGAGUGGGUUGCCAUUUCCUUCUCCAAUGCAUGAAAAUGAAAAGUGAAAGUGAAGUCACUCAGUCGUGUCCGACUCUUAGCGACCCCAUGGACUGCAGCCUACCAGGCUCCUCCGUCCAUGGGAUUUUCCAGACAAGAGUACUGGAGUGGGGUGCCAUUGCCUUCUCCGUAUUUAUUGCUACAAAUAUUUAAUAAUAACAGUAUUUUUUAUGAAAGCAACUUCCUUUCUUACUGGUACUUCCUUCAGCUUCAAAGUAGUGGAUCUGUUUUGAUAUUUUUUUCUUGUUUUACUUUCCCCCCAAAAUUUAAAUGCCCUAUUUAUUUUAUUUUAUUUUAUUUAUUUAUUUAUUUUUUUUGGCAGAGACAGCCUCUUUAAUCAUCAGGGAUUUUAAAAGUCAUCCACCCUGAUUUGAGAGUAUCAUAAAAAGUAAAAAUUACUUUUAUUUUGUCAUUUUUCCUUUGCAAAUGUUUUUAGCAGCAAACAGGACUCUUGUUUUCCUUACUUCAUUUUUACAAUCAUAGUAGUUAUAUGUCAAUUUAAAAUUAGAGAGGGAAAAAAACUAAAAGCCCU